GGGCAGGGAGCCCGGCUCCGCCGCCAGCACUAAAGAUGGAGAGGCGCCGGGGCCUCGCAGGGGAGGGGGCUCGGCGUUGACGUGGGACGCGGCGGAGGCGCCGAAGCCGGUGGUGAUUUGCUAACCUCACAGCAGAGAGGAGUUGAGGGCGAUGAGAGCGGGUACUGCGAACUGCCGGGCGACGCCGCUGCUGCCGCCGUGAGACGGAGAGCAACAGUUCUCCCGCAGCCCCGCUCCCCGACACUGGCACACCCCCGGAGGCACGCACGCCCACCCCACAGCGCCCGGCGCGGCCGCGCCCACGAAACCCAGCCCGCCCCACCACACAGAGCCUGGAAGGAAAGAGAGCCUCAUGCCUAAGCCGCGGGGAGCACCAUGGAUCUGACAAAGAUGGGCAUGAUCCAGCUGCAGAACCCCAGCCACCCUUCGGGGCUCCUGUGCAAGGCCAACCAGAUGCGGCUGGCCGGGACGCUGUGCGACGUGGUCAUCAUGGUGGACAGCCAGGAGUUCCAUGCCCACCGGACCGUGCUGGCCUGCACCAGCAAGAUGUUUGAGAUCCUCUUCCACCGCAACAGCCAGCACUACACUCUGGACUUCCUCUCGCCAAAGACUUUCCAGCAGAUCCUGGAGUAUGCCUACACAGCCACGCUGCAGGCCAAGGCGGAGGACCUGGAUGACCUGCUGUACGCCGCCGAGAUCUUGGAGAUCGAGUACCUGGAGGAGCAGUGCCUGAAGAUCCUGGAGACCAUCCAGGCCACAGACGACAAUGACACGGAGGCCACCAUGGCAGACGGCGGGGCGGAGGAAGAAGAGGACCGCAAGCCUCGGUACCUCAAGAACAUCUUCAUCUCGAAGCAUUCCAGCGAGGAGAGUGGGUAUGCCGGCGUGGCUGCGCAGAGCCUCCCUGGGCCCAUGGCGGACCAGAGCCCGUCCAUGUCCACCUCAUUUGGUCUUUCAGCCAUGAGUCCCACCAAGGCCGCAGUGGACAGUUUGAUGACCAUAGGACAGUCUCUCCUGCAGGGAACUCUUCAGCCCCCUGCAGGGCCUGACGAACCUACUCUGGCUGGGGCUGGGCGGCUCCCUGGGGUAGCUGAGGUGAAGACAGAGAUGAUGCAGGUGGACGAGGUGCCCAGCCAGGACAGCCCUGGGGCAGCCGAAUCCAGCAUUUCAGGCGGAUUGGGGGACAAGGUUGAGGAAAGGGGCAAAGAGGGGCCCGGGACCCCAACUCGCAGCAGCGUCAUUACCAGUGCGAGAGAGCUGCACUAUGGGCGCGAGGAGAGUGCCGAGCAGCUGCCAACCCCCGCGGAGGCCGGCCAGGGUCCCCCAGGCCGACAGGAGCACCUGGCGCCCACCGCAGAGAAACACCUGGGCGUCUACUCCGUGUUGCCCAACCACAAGGCUGACUCUGUGCUGAACAUGCCGUCGUCGGUGUCCUCCGGGCUCCACGUGCAGGUGCAGCCCGCUCUGGCUGUGUCCAUGGACUUCAGCACCUACGGGAGCCUGCUGCCGCAGGGCUUCAUCCAGAGGGAGCUGUUCAGCAAGCUGGGCGAGCUGGCUGUGGGCAUGAAGUCGGAGAGCCGGACCCUCGGGGAGCCGUGCAGCGUGUGUGGGGUGGAUCUUCCUGACAACGAGGCUGUGGAGCAGCACAGGAAGCUGCACAGCGGGAUGAAGACGUACGGGUGUGAGCUCUGCGGAAAGCGGUUCCUCGAUAGUUUGCGACUGAGAAUGCACUUACUGGCUCACUCAGCGGGCGCCAAAGCCUUUGUCUGCGAUCAGUGCGGUGCCCAGUUCUCGAAGGAGGAUGCCCUGGAGACACACAGGCAGACCCAUACAGGCACAGACAUGGCCGUCUUCUGUCUGCUGUGCGGGAAGCGUUUCCAGGCGCAGAGCGCCCUCCAGCAGCACAUGGAGGUCCACGCGGGCGUGCGCAGCUACGUCUGCAGUGAGUGCAACCGCACCUUCCCCAGCCACACCGCCCUCAAGCGCCACCUGCGCUCGCACACAGGCGACCACCCGUACGAGUGUGAGUUCUGUGGCAGCUGCUUCCGGGAUGAGAGCACACUCAAAAGCCACAAGCGCAUCCACACGGGCGAGAAGCCCUAUGAGUGCAACGGCUGCGGCAAGAAGUUCAGCCUCAAGCACCAGCUGGAGACGCACUACAGGGUGCACACAGGCGAGAAGCCCUUCGAGUGCAAGCUGUGCCACCAGCGCUCCCGGGACUACUCGGCCAUGAUCAAGCACCUGCGGACGCACAACGGCGCCUCCCCCUACCAGUGCACCAUCUGCACCGAGUACUGCCCCAGCCUGUCCUCCAUGCAGAAGCACAUGAAGGGCCACAAGCCCGAGGAGAUCCCGCCCGACUGGAGGAUAGAGAAGACGUACCUGUACCUGUGCUACGUGUGAAGCCGGCCGGCCGGGGCCAGAGGAGCGGGAGCGAGAGGAGGAGUUAGAGCAGGAUGAAGUCGAGGAAGGAUUGUGCAAAAAAUACAUGUCUAUACAUAAGGGAAAAAAGGAAGAAAAAGGAAACCUGAUAGCUCUCUGGCCUUGAGUCUCUCUGGGGCUCCAGGUGACCAGGAUGCCCCGCCCGGCCCCUUCCCGGGCCUCCGUCCCUCCUCCCCUGGCUGGAUUUCUGGGGUGGGGGUGGAAGGGAUUUUGUUCUGCUCAGACCCUCUUUUAUGUCCAGAAAUGGAGUCUGAGAAGAAGGCGAGGGGUGUUCUGGUCAGAGCCAGUCUCUGCCUGCCAUCCUCAGCCUCCUCAGAAGAUAGAGGCUCCGGGGGCCAGGGGGGUGGCCUGCAGAUGGUGGGGCUGGACUGGGUCGCUGGCUGACACUCAGAGUGGCAGCUGGUGUGCUGGGGGCAGAUGGGAGUGGGGAAGGGCGCCUCUUCCCCUCCCAUCACUCAUUUCACCUGUUGCUUCCCUCCGCUCUGCCGAUCUGCAUGUCCCUCCUGGUCUCCAGGAGCCUCAAGGCUCUUGCCCCUCCCCCAGCUCCUGGUCCUCGCCUUCCCCUGCCUCCUAUCCUCCAGUUCAGGGAGUGCCCAGCCCCCCCCCCCCCCAGCUCCUUAGAGGGGAAUCUGUGUCCGACCCCAGAGCCCCACUCCCACCCUUAGCCUCUGAGAACACAAAGCCAACGGAAGACCCACCCUCAGAAAGCCCUGUCCUGAGUGAGACUUGCUUCCCAGUUGGAAAAACAGCUAAAUACAUAUAAAUACAUGGGUCCCACCAACACCGGACAAGGCUCCCUGCCACCCCGGGUCCCGUCCCUGGGAGAAGGAAUCUGUGGACGUCCUUCUCCAGCAGUGCCCUCCCCCGGAGAAGGGGGCACCUGCCAGCAGUCGGGGUACUGGCCAAGGGGGUGCUGUUGAAUCAUUCUGGGGGCCUUUUAAACACCCCAGACCCGGUGAGCGCAGUGGGAAACCCAGGUCCAGAGAAGGCACAGAAUUCCUGGCUCGUGCCCCCCCCACACACACCCGCCCCCUCCGCCCCCCAGGCCACAGGAAGGGGGAGUUGUUGAAAGCGCUUCGGCCUUGUGUUACUUCUGUUGUGUGUCCGGGUUCCCCUGUAGCACGUUGUGCUUGAAUUACCUCAGUUUUUCGUGACCUCGUGAGCUUUUGUACCCCUGCAUCUCUCUCUUUGGUUGGGGGUUGGAAGAAUGGGGAGGGAGUUCUUUUGUGUUUCUUGUGUAAAUUAAUAGUUGGUUUAGUACCUGUUAGCUGGCCAAGACCCCCAUCCCUGAGCGACCAGCUUCCCAGCGGGAAGGAGCUGCACAGAAGGAUCGAGUCCUCGGGCCCUGAAUGUGGGGGCUGGGUCCCCGGAAGGUGGGUGGAGGGGGAGGCGUACUGGGGGCCUUUGGAGUCACUCCGUUGGCUCUGCCCAGAGCAUGAACUCAUCAUGCCCAGCAUCGGUUCAGCCUAAAACGCUCUGGACACGACCCCCCCUUUCUUACAGUUUGCUGGGUCUGGGGGCUUGUGCUAUUCAGAUCCUUGCGUCUGUGCGACCCCACCUCUGUGCGCGACCCCCACCUCUGCGCACAUGAUCAUUGCCAAAACCGGUCUGCUUCCUGGCUGCGAGGGAUGCGCCAGUCGGGGUUCUGUUGCCCGGGGUGGGGUGUUGUUUUCUGAAAGCUACCUCUUAGGUUCGUCCGGUUCCUUUGUCCCCUCCUGCCGGCCUGCGGCGCUGCUGCCCGCUCUCCCCAGCCUCCGCCCCAGCUUAGGAAAGCACAUUGCCAUGUUUGUGUUCACGGUGGGAUGGGCCCUCGGUUUCGACUCAUGCUUUAUUUGUGGAAGUUAUUUUCUUUCCUUUCUCUCUUGGAGAAAGUUGUGGCUGCGUUUUUAUCUUAGGUUUGAAAAAGUGGUUUAGGGAAGCGGUUUUGGGGAGAAGCAUCGUGAGGAGAAGAGGGCCGUGGGAGGGAUGGGUGCUGCUGGGACCACCCCCCGUCUCUUGGCCCCACCCCUCCAGUCUCGCCCACCCAAUUUGAAGGCCUUAAAAACUGUGUUGGGGGUAUAGCAUUGGGGGGACCGUGUCGCUGGACUAUGGAUUGGGGUGGUAAGUAGGGAGGAUGCUACUUUGCAAUUAUAAUAAUGAGUUAGUGCUUGGGAAAGGAAAAAGCUAAACUUGAAAUCCGUGACUAGAGCAGUUUUAUUUAUAAUGUGAAGAGGGAAGUCUUUGGCUAGGAGCAGUCUGCAGGAAUUCGUUGUGCACUAUGGCUCCCCCCCCCACCCCCACCCCCCCUCUGGGAGAAAGGGCCACUGGCGGGCCCCGGGGUCUGUAAGUCCCAGGAGACAGUGUGUUAACAGCAAGAUGUCAUUGAGCUUUGGUGGGGAAGAGAAAGAAAUCAAACUAUUCCAUGGACCUGGCUGACACCCACACUGGUCCCACUGCCCAGCAGCCAGGGUCUCCUCCCCUUUGCCUGAAAGCUGAGAGGGUGGAGCUAAUCGUAGAAAUUGUAAUAUUUUUGUAAUGUUUGUUAGUUCCUUCGUCAGUUCUGCAGGACCUUGCCCUUCCUUUUGUAAUGUGCAUAGGAAAAAGAAAAAGACAAAAAAAAACCUACCACCACCACCAAAAUGUCCGUUUGUGUGUGUGUGCGCGUGUGUGUGCGCGUGUGCGUGUGCGUGUGCACGUGCUGCUUGUGUGAGGUCAGGCAGCGUGGCGUCUGCUGGGCAGCACUGGAUGGUACUAAAGCUCGGGCCCCAGGGAGCCCCAGUAGGGAGGCAGGAAGAGGGGUCCAGACUGCGGUUUCUGAAGGGCGCUGGGUGGGAGACCUGUGUCUUGCUUUCUUCCUUUUUGGCUUCCUGCUCACGAAGGUGAGAAUUCUGAUCUUGCCAGGGCCGUCGUGGCCAGGCCUAAGGGCAAGGUGAGGGCCAGGGAUUAGCUAGAGGUGUUGCUGUGUCUGGAUAGAGGGGGCUUGGAGACUAGGCGGGGGGAGGCUGCUCCCCCCCCAGGUGAGGUCUGAGUGGCGUUACUCCCCUUUCUCUCCGACAUCUGGCCCUUGGCCACCUGCUGCCUUUGGCUGUGGACGGCGGACAGCCCUGCUCGCUCUGCCUUGUCCAGCGUCUCACGCUCUCCAGUCUGCAGGGUCCAGGUUGGUCACAGUCCCUCCCCUGGGUUCCCGCCGACAAGCAUGUCCCCGCUGCUUCCAGUGACACUGCCCCUGACUCGUGCCCCUUCCCUGCCACUCCUUCACUCACUCAAAGCAUUAAAAUCCUAUGUGUGUAGGAUAGACAGAUAUAUAUAGAGAGAUAUAUAGCAAGAGAGAUAUAAAUAGUAAAUAUCGUUGCUGCUCUGGAGGAGGCCACGGAUGUGAGGAAGGUGGGUCUGGGGUGCAAGGUGGGUA